AACAGCAAAGAAGGAAACAUCUCUCUCUCUCUCUCUCUCUUCUUUCUUUCUCUCUAAAACUACGUUGCUUUUCGUCGUAUGCGCGGGACGUGCAUCAUCCGAUCUCCGCCGCCGCCCGCCGCCAGCCGCCGGCGAUCCAUGGCUCACCCGCGCUUCCGCGCCGGAGCGGAGGUGGAGAUCACCAGCCCCAUCCACCGCCUCCGGGGGACCCUCUUCCCCGGGAGGAUCGUCGCGCCGUCGCGCCGCAAGCCCAACUCCUUCCUCGUCGAGUACCGGACCCUGGUCGCCCCCAGCGACGCCUGCCGCCCCUCCCGGCCCUACCGGGAGGAGGUCCCCGUCGGCCUCCUCCGCCCCGCCCCGCCCGCCGAGGCGGAGGCCGGCCCCGGCCCCGGCCCCGGCGGCCGCGGGUUCCGCCUCGGCGACGCCGUCGACGCGUUCCUGAACGGGGGGUGGUGGGAGGGCGCGAUCACCAAGGAGCUGAAGAACGCGCGGUUCAUGGUGUACUUCCGGUGCGUGAAGCGGGAGUACCGGUUCGACGCGGCGGAGUUGAGGCUGCACCGCGAGUGGGUCAACGGGAAUUGGGCCCCGCCGUUCGAAGAUGAGGGGGAAGACGGCGACGACGACGAUGGCGACGGCGAGGAAGUGACCUCAACGAUGGGAGAGAAAUCUGGCGAUGUCUUCCGAAUAGCAAAGGGAGUGUUCACCAAGGGAGCACUGGUCGAGGUGAGAAGUGAUGAAGAUGGUCUCCAGGGUGCUUGGUUUGCGGCUACCAUAAUCAACAAGGUAGCAAAGAACCGGUUCUUCAUUGAGUACCAAACCCUCAGAGCAGAGGAUAAUAGCUCAGAGUACUUGAGGGAGCAGGUCGCUGCAAGUCACAUGAGGCCAUACCCACCGGAGACCUUCGUGAUUGACCCUUAUGAACGGAAUGCAAGUGUCGAUGCCUUGUACAAUGAAGGGUGGUGGGAGGGCACUGUUGAGAGGGUUCUCGACAGGAUGCAGUAUCGGGUUUAUUUCAAGGGCACCGAAGAUAGGAUGGUCUGCCACCACUCAGAGCUCCGUCUUCAUCAGGAUUGGGUCAAUGGAAAGUGGGUGAUGCCUUCUUAAGUCUUGUAGGACCAGUUUGCAUCCUUGCGUAUAAUGAAAUAGGUCUUCAAACUGAAGUGUUAAGGCCAUGCUCUUGAUCUUGGUACCUUGAGCUGGGGUGUAGAUAAGCGUGUGAAGAAGGUUUUGGAGCAGGUUCUCUUUUCUUUAUUUCUUUGCUGGAUUGCAAUUUUGAUGAGGCCAUCAUGGCCACCGUUCAACUGAAGAUUAAUGCUUGCAUUGCAGGUAGGUAUAUCAUUACUGCAAUGUAUGCAUCAGUCUUGCUGGUUACACUCCUGCACAUCAAAGUUAUAUUCAGUCUCAUUCGCAUUCUC